CUAACCAGUUUGGCCAGCAGCUACAUUUACGCGAAAAACUAAAAAAAAAAAAACUAAAUAGAAGCGGACUUUCAGGCUGGCCAGGAACGAUGGGGAACAAAGUUGUGACGUUCACCGAACAGCAGUUGGACGACUACCAGGAUUGCACGUUCUUCACGCGCAAGGAGAUCCUGCGCGUUCAUAAACGUUUUCGUGAGCUCAGACCGGAUUUGGUGCCUCGCCAAAUGACCGAGGGUCAGGCCUCGAGUGUCAAGGUUCCCUGCGAGUGCAUCGAGAAGAUGCCCGAGUUGCGUGAGAAUCCCUUUCGUCGACGUAUCUGCGAGGCCUUCUCACGCGAUGGCCAGGGCAAUUUAUCCUUUGAGGACUUUCUAGACGCCCUCUCCGUCUUCAGCGAGCAGGCGCCGAGGGACAUUAAAGUUUUCUACGCUUUCAAGAUUUAUGAUUUCGAUCAGGAUGGCUUCAUAGGGCACGCUGACCUCAUGUCCUGCCUGACGACAAUGACCAAGAACGAACUGAGUCCGGAGGAGCACCAGCAGAUUGCCGACAAGGUAAUCGAGGAGGCCGACGUCGAUGGUGAUGGCAAGUUAUCAAUUUUGGAGUUCGAGCACGUUAUACUCCGGGCCCCCGACUUUCUCUCCACCUUUCACAUCAGAAUAUAAAAUUGCUGCCUCGCCAGCAGACAGCACACCGAAAAAAGUGGCAGAAAAAGGGUCAUUCACUUGGAAAUUGUGUCUUUUAAAGUUAAAGAACUAAAUUUAAAAAUGAAUGGUAUGAUGUCUAAAUAACUAUUUUACUCUUAGUUUCUUUUACAUUAAUCUAAAUAUUUUAUAGUUUUACUUUUAGUUCUUUACAUUUUCUUAUUUAUUCACGAAUCUAUCUUAAGGCCAAGAGUAUGCCAUGUUUUGGCAUGAAAUAAAUAUAAAACAUA